CCGGUGGGCUCUGCAAUAGGAAAAUCGGGACACUUAAUCUCCGAUGUGGAUCCAAGUACAAUAGAGUUUCAACUGUAGUACAUGGUAAUGGCGGAUUCCGGACCGGUCAUGGAGCUAGCUGAUGAUGGUCUUUCCAAGCUACAAUCGGUCAUGGCAUGUCUCGCCAUGGCAGUCUUCUACGUCGCAAUUCUAUACUCUCCAACUUUGAUUCUCCGCCUACCGCCGCCUUCAUCUUUCAAGAGCUUCAUGAUCCGCCGCUUUGUAUGCGCCUUCUUCUCUUCUCUCCUUUCGAUCAUCCUAUGCGCUUCAAUCCUCCCUAUAAGGAGCUGGAAGAUGUCAUAUUUAUCUUCUGUUUACGGUAUCAGACUGGACCACAUGUGGCAAGCUGUGGUCUAUCCUCUUUCUUUGACUUCCCUGAUGUACUGUGGUUCUCUUGUGCUUAAUGUACUGUCACUGAGGAGUUCAAAUGGCAUAUCAAGUGAUGGGCAAGAUCAUAUCCUGAGCAAUUUUUCUGACAAAAUCCUGCAACUCAUCUCCAAUAUUUCGGCUUGGCGAAAUUAUAUCGUGGCACCACUUACAGAAGAGCUUGUAUACAGAGCCUGCAUGGUGCCUUUACUUCUAUGUGCAGGUUUCGGAACGUACAAUGUCAUAAUUUUCUGCCCAAUUUUCUUCAGUUUGGCUCAUUUAAAUAACUUUGUGGAGUUCUACAUGCAGCACCAAAGCUUGGCUAGAGCUUUUACAAUUGCUGGUCUCCAACUUUGCUACACUGUGGUGUUCGGUUCAUAUGCAUCAUUUCUCUUCAUUCGAACAGGCCAUUUCAUUGCUCCCCUGAUUGCCCAUGUCUUUUGCAAUAUUAUGGGAUUACCCACUCUGUAUUCACGGGAAAGCGGUGGGCUAGUGACAGUUGCAUUUUUGAUGGGGAUGAUGGGAUUCAUAUUGCUCCUAUUUCCAUUAACUUAUCCAGGGAUGUAUAAUAAUAGAACUGAUAGUUGCAAUUGUUGGCAAAGAUAUUGUAUUUGGAGCUAAUAUUGUAUUUAUUAAGACAGAUAUUCUGCAUUUUUGCAAUGAAACAGGACAACCAAAUGGUUUUUUGUAUAUGAGAAUGAGAAUUGUC